AUGUCGACCGAAGAUAAACAAGAUGAUCAUAAUGCGCAGAUAAAUAUUACUUCUGCACCAAAUUCAUCUGGAUUGUUAAGCGAGAGUACUGAGCACCCUGGUCUUGAAUUUGUUACACCUGAUGCUGUUGAAAAGAAUAUGCUUGGAGACAAUCCUGUCGUCUCUGAGACCAUUGAAGAUUUAACCGCCAGAGGUAAAACGCAUGCAAGUGAAUCCUCCCUUCAUUUGAAGGACUCUCAAUUCAAAGCAAAGUUGUUUGUGAAUACGAGUUCUUCAAUAUUGGCACUUACCGUUCUUGCAUUGGUUACACCUGCUGCAUUCAGAAUGGCUGCUGCUCCACAAGUUGGCAACAUUCCUAAGAAUAUUGAUUGUGAUUUACAAAUCAUCAGUCAUGCAACUGCGAUCAUUCUUAUGACUAUAUUUAUUGGAUCGUUGGUAUUUCAGUUGAAGACCCACGUUCAAGAUGUUAGAAUUUAUUUUUUAUUACUUUUAAAAGUUUUAUGUUAUUCCAUGAUAUUUAUGUCAUUUCACCUUAUUCUCUUUGAUUCGUGA